AUGUUUGCCUGCAUUACACUUGCCAUUAACGUUGCGAUCACUGGCCUAAUUGUGGGCCGCCUCCUCUAUCAUCGACAGUUCAUCCAAGAUGCAUUGGGACGAGAGCAUGGAUCGAGAUAUAUGCGCAUCAUAACCAUGUGCAUUGAAUCCGCUGCGCUGGUGGUUGGAUUCAAUUUGGUUUUGAUUGUGCUGGUACUGGUCAAAGCUCAAGAGAAUGCCGCCCUCAUCCUCCUGCAGAUGAUGGCCCAGAUAUACACCAUUUCCCCGUUUUUGAUUCUGUUUAGAAUCUCUCAUGGGAGAGUGCACCAUAAUCCAACGCUAGAGUUUAGGGUGCAGAAUGCGGAGGACGUGAUAAAUCGCGACAUCCCACUUCAAUUUGCAGUCGCAAAUUCACCAGAGUCUACGAUGAUAUCGGAUGCAUCGUAG